CAGUGAUCAAUUAAGACUAUCCAGACCCCACCCAGCACGAAAAACAGACAGAACUGUAAGCUGGAUAGCUGUUCAGGUUUCAUUCCCAGCCAUUGUUUGUCAGUCGCCCCCUGUACUUUUAAGCGAUGAAUAAUCACCUGCAUUGUGGGGCCGGACCUGCAGUCAUGCUUGUCUGCCCACCAUACUACAUUGGGAUUAUGUUUCUUCCAAUCAUGCUCUCUCACCACUGCCGAAUUGAACUGCACCCGGUACUCGAAGAUCCCUCCAUAUCUCCUCUUGAAUGCAAAGUUGAGGUGCUAAAACUCCACAAGCCGCUUAGAGACGCUGACUCAACCAAUCUGCAUACCGAGAAAAUUGGCACUGGGGCAUGUUUGUCAGGAUGAGGCUCGACCCGAUGCCGUUGCGUGUCAUGCAACCUUAUUUCAUCGCACGAGAUCGAUUAAGUGCCACCGACCAUGUCUUGACUUGCAUUAGAGUCGUCGAGAGACCGUGGUAAAGAGUUUGUUAGAUCCACCUCGCUUUCUUCUCUGCAGGAGGUUGAGCUCUUCGGUCAAAUUCUAAACCAAUACAUUUGCUCGAUUGAGAUCGUGAAGCGGUGACAGGAGGAAGAAUUGGCCUUCCAGUUGACGACUUUCAGUAGCACGAACUGCAGAGCUUGCCCCAAAGUAUAAGUAGAAGGGAAGAUCACCGUCAAGUUGGAUGUCACCAAGCCACUCAGACAUUCAGACUUGCAACUCCAAGAUCUUCUCUCUUCUCAACUCUUUCCAAGAUGAAAUUCUCUACCGUCGUCGCCACUUUGGCAGGAGCAGCAGCCGUUGAGGGUACUGGCUUCACAUUCGACCGUCUCAACAAGACUGACGCUGUUCUCCUCGUCGUCGACCACCAAAUUGGUCUCACUGAAUUGGUCCGUGACUACGGUGUUGUUGAAUACAGAAACAACAUUCUUGCUCACGCGGCUCUUGGCAACCUUUUCAACCUUCCCACCAUCUUGACCACCUCUGCUGAGACUGGACCCAACGGUGCUUUGCCAAAGGAGAUCAUCGAGAUGCAUCCAAAUGCACCAUAUAUCAAGCGAAACGGCGAAGUCGACGCCUGGGACAACGCCGAAUUCCGCGCCGCCGUCAAGGCCACCGGAAAGAAGCAAGUCAUCCUCGCCGGUAUCGUUACCGAAGUCUGCACCUCUUUCUUGGCUCUUUCUCUCAGAGCCGAGGGUUACGAUGUUUGGGCCAACACCGACGCCUCUGGUACUUUCAACGACAAAAUCGCCGCUGAUGCGAACCGCCGCAUGGAGCAAGCUGGUGUCCAUCUUUUGGGCAUGUUCGGAAUUGCCAUGGAUCUCAUGCGCGAUUGGAGAAACACCCCUGGUGCUGCUGAGGUCUUGCCCUUCCUUGAUGUAUACUUGCCAUCAUACUCGCUUGUUGCAAGAGCUCAUGGAUACGCCAUCACCAAUGGCAGCUUGAUCGAUGGCGAGCAGCAGAUCUUGUAAAUGUGGCAUUGAAAAGGCCAAAGCUAAGCGAAAGAUGACAAAGGAGAUAGCUAGCUGGCAGAAUUGUAGGGGUUGAAGGGUGAGAGGCGCUGUGGAGGUGGUAGUGGUAGAGGUGGAGCCGGAGAUAUAUUUCAUUGAGUGGAGAAAUACAAAG